AUGGCUUAUCUCAAGUUUCCGGGCCCUGAUCCUUUCACCCAGAUCUUGAGACUCUUUUCGAAUCGCGAAGGAUAUCCAGCGACCAAAGAACCAUGGCCAGAGGAGUGGCUAAUCAGUCCAGCUCUAAGGAGCGCUCGGCAAUCUCUUUGUUACGACGCCCGAGACAAAAUCUAUGGCUUGCUGGGAAUGGCUGAGAUCAAGAACAGCUGGAUCAAGAUUAGCUACCACGACAGUUACAAGUAUUCGAAUCUGUAUCACGAUGUGGUGGUCGGUUUGCUUAAGCGGAACACGGCCCCGCUCAAGUCCAUGCUCAACUCGAUCGACCAUGAGCCUCUUGAGGGAUGUCCCUCGUGGGUUCCUGAUUGGAGCAAGCCUCGAGAGACAACUGCGCUGGGAUAUGAGAGCUCGACCGCAAACGUGUACAACGCCUCUGGGUCGGAAAAGGCGUAUAAAUUCCCCAAACAUUCGGCUGGUUACCAAAUCAUUGGGUCCAACAACAGCGAACUACACACUGAAGGCAGGGUGUUUGAUACCAUUGCUGUGAUGAGCACGGUUUUCUCAGAUCCGGAUAUCGUACAGCCUCUGUCGGCCAACAAAGAUUGGAUCAGAUGCAUCAAAUUCGUUUCCAGGAACUUUCACACGAUGUACCCGCCUGCUCAUGGCUCUGUCUUUACGGCCUUUUGGCACACAAUGGUUGCUGGGAAGGAUUCGAGCGGCAUGCACCCCUAUUCGGACGCUUUUGCAGAGAUAUUUUCGUUGUUGCUCGACGAGACGACUGGGAGGUCGCCUUCUCUACCAGGGCAGACAUACUCACCGAGGCAAAUGCGGCCACUAGGAAAGGGAAGGUUGACUAUGGCUUCCUUGGAGUCGAGGCAAUCGAAAAAGACGUUUGAAGAGAUUUAG